GUAUCGCGCGCUAGUUGACUAUGCACGCGCGAUACACGAUUGACAGCAAUUCAUCAAAGUCCGUCACACGUUGUCCGCAGAUAAUCGUUUCCUUUUGUUGCUGGAAAAUACCCUUCCGAUGCGACAGGCAGAUGUACCGAUACAUGCCAGCUAGAAAAGUGGGAAAUCUUGUGAUAAGGGCUGCUACUGUCGGCUCGGAGCUGUCUUAUCGUUAAGAAGUUUCCUCACGUAAACGGGACAGAAACCACCGGUGCUGAAGUGACGCAAGUGCAAUAUCACAGCUCAACGCAUAUCAGGGAAAGCCGUGCGCCUUCCCAAAAAACCAUCAUUUCCAUAGCAAGCACAACGCAGGGUCCAGCAAGCAACCAUGGCGACAACACCGUGCGGCACGUGUUCCAAGAUAGUACUCUUCAUUGUAAAUUUUGUCUUUUGGCUGAGCGGCAUAGCAGUACUGGGCAUGGGCAUCUGGGUCAGCAUUGACCGUAACACCAUGGAGUUCCUCAAAGUCUUUGACUACCCGAUCUUUCGUAACUUUGGCUUUGCCAUGAUCGGUAUCGGGGGAUUCGUGACGAUACUGGGCUUCAUCGGCUGUUUCGGGGCCUGCCACGAAUCCAAAUGCCUGCUCUGGACGUAUUUUGUCGGCCUACUUUUCCUGUUCCUUGCGGAGAUUGUUUGCAUGGCCCUGGCAUUCUCAUACACUGAACAGGUCAAAGAAUAUGUCAAGUUGAAGCUGGGCGAGCCAGUCGAAAGUAGUUACACCAAGGAACCAACAGGAAUUGUCAGAGCCGUCGACAGUAUGCAAGAACUGCUCAUGUGCUGUGGCAACAGCAACCACACAGAUUGGCAGCGGAGCCAGUGGUAUAAGGAGGUGAACACCCCGCUGAACCCCAUCCGCAACCAGACGAUACCGGGAUCCUGCUGCAUGGAGUCUGAGGACUUUCAAAAAUACCUAGACUGCCAGAUAAAGGUCGAGAAUCCUAACGAGUUGAGGCAUUCACAGGGUUGUUUUGACGCACUGUACGGUACUUUCCUGGAGUAUAUAUGGUUCAUUGGCGGAGUAGGAAUUGGAAUAGCAGUUCUUCAGGUUCUACUCAUGGUGAUUACCGUGUUCUUGCUACGAAACCUCACUGAUGAUUACGAUUGAUGACCCAUCAUGCACAGGCUGAAACUGAGAUUACCUUGAUCCUGGUGCGAGAGAGUGUAUUGUUAUGGUGCAUUGUGGGUGAGCUGCUGCAAUAAAAAAUAAUUGUGUAUAUCGUUUCCUGGAAUACGAAGAAAAACAAGGUAAAAAAAAAGUAAAAAAAAAAUCACAGUGGUGCAUCAAGUGUUCAACACUGUCUACAAUGGUCUUAUUAAGUCAGUAAAAUUAACAGUGAAUGUAAUUGUAAGUUAAAAAAAAAAUUCUU